AUGAAUGGCCGGAACGGCCCCAUGUCGCCGGUCAGUGUAGGAGACAGCGAGUGGUCCGGUAUCUCGAAGUACCAAAGAAACGAUAAAGAUUCGCCCUAUCCCCCAACAACCCAACGUGGACAGCUGGCUUCACCGCCGUUAUCGGGUGGCUCGACCGGCGCCAUGAAUGGAGGCGGCUACCCUCCCAGAGGACCGCCGAUGGGUAAUGGUCCGGGGGGGGCACCUUCACCACCGAGUUCGAUUGCGAGAUCCAGUGGUGGAAACGGUCUAUACGCACAGAGCGAGAGUGGGAGGAGUAGGAAGGACGAGCAGUUUGAGAGCGCGCUGUCGGAACAUUAUGUCGCACUCAGGAGAUAUCUCGCCCAGUCGCUGCGCGACGAAAAGGUGAACCCUCGACCAAAUAGAGCGCGGGACAAGUUACUACGGCUGUCGCCUGUUCAAUUCCAAGAAUUGAGUACGGAUGUGUUCGACGAGCUUCUGCGGAGACAACAGAGUGGGAGGAGGACACCAAACGGAGCAGCCCCUGUUGGAGGACCUCCGCCAUAUCUCUUACCGAAAGAUAUAUUCCAUCCGAAGCGGAACCAAGCCAGACAGAAGCUGUCGACCUUACCGCCAUCCAGGUUCCGUGAUCUUGCGACAGAUGUAUUCUACGAGCUGGAGAGAAGGUUUCCUCGGUUCGCAGGUGACAACAUAAGUCGGAUGGACAGUCCUGCUUCUUCCAUGAGAGGCCCACCUAGUAGGAAUGGAAAUGGAACUCCCGUCAAUGGGAUGCCUCGCAUGCGCAGGCCGUCAGAUGCAACGUCUGUGUCGGGUUUCUCUGUUAGAAGCGAUUCUCGGGGUGGACCACGCCCAAUGAAUGGAGGGAUGAACGGAGGGCUGGGCGUACCACAUUCACCUGGAAUGCCUCCGAACGAUUACAGUCGACCGACUCCAAAGCAGUUUCAAAGUAAUACCAUAGUGCCAAACAAGAGCACUAUGGUGGAAGACGACGAGACUGGAGGGGAAGAUAAUGAUGAUGAUUACCCAGAUGCAUUUGGGCUGGAGGGUGCAGCGCGAACUAGGGAUAGCAAGAAGAGUACUGGUGGCUCGUCAGAUACUGACAAAAAGCUCAUCGACGACUACCAAUCACAGGUUGCGGAACUGAGGGAAAAGCUUGAUUCUAUGGAAGAUUCCCUCAAACUCAAAGACGAUGAGUUGAAUAGUGUUCUGGAUGGUGAAAGAAGUCGAGCCAACGUAGUCGAAAUGGAAAAGCAGGAAUUCUUGGUUUUGAAGAUGAAUCUGGAAAGUAAGCUUGCAGAUGCCCAAAAUCUCAACGAGUCUCUUCAAUCGGAACUGGAUCGAAUGAGGGCCGAAUCAGCAAAUACGGAGAGGGAUCUUCGCGCCCAAAUUGAGGAGAUGCGAGCAGCAGGGGCAGGAUCGAAAGGACAGCAAGCCAAUACCGAGAGAGAACUGAGGGCUCAGAUUGAGGAGCUGCAAGCUGCAGUAGCUGCAUCGAGAGGACAGCACGCAAGCAACGAGAGGGAAUUGCGAGCGCAGAUCGAGGAGCUACAAGCUGCAGGAGCCGUUUCAAAAGAGAUGACCGAUGAGGAUCUCGAAAGAGAAAAUGAAGAGCUUAGGGCGGAGCUCAAAGGACAACAGAUAGUCACAGACGAGGUUCGCAGAGAAGCCCAAGAGUUCCUGCGAGAAAUGCGCAUCCUUUCAGAGAGAAGCGAAUCCUCUUAUGACAGAGAAGAGCAAUUGUCAAAUACGGUCAACAAAUUAGAAGAGGAGGUCAAGGAUUGGAGGAAUCGUUACGCCAGGACCAAGACCCAGCUCAGAAGUCUGAGAGCGUCCUCGAUCGGUCUCACUAUUCAACAAGACGCAGCAAGAUAUGCCAAGGAAAAUGGUUUCACCGAAGCGAACGGAAUGGUCAAGGACGUCCACGUUACCAAAUUCCAGAUUUCAAUAGACGAGCUCCUGAAGACGGCGAGGGUGGAUGAUCCAGCGAGGGUGAUGGAGUUUAUGAAGUCUGUCAUCGUGAAUGUGCGGAGAAUCACACAAGACAUUGAUGAGGCUCCUAAUAGUAGCGAGGAAAUGGCUCAACAGCAGACGAAGUUGAAGUCCAGGGUCUCAGCGACGGCAAACAAUCUAAUCACAGCAUCUAAGAAUUUUGCUGCUGCCAAGGGCCUGUCUCCUGUGUCUUUACUUGACGCUGCAGCUUCUCAUCUUACUUCUGCUGUUGUAGAGCUUGUUCGCACAGUCAAGAUUCGCCCGACGCCAGCGGGCGAAUUAGAGGAUGAUGAUGAUGGAAACCUCGCGCCUGUCGAUACCACAGGCUUUUUCCCUGUCCGUGAUGUUCUACAGGAGACCACCAAGAGCAAUAACAUUUCAGCACCCUUCCAAGGCCCCGGCCGGGUAAGUAUGGAUUCGUCGAUGUAUAGCCCCGUCUACUCUCCUUUGGAUUCGACUUUGAGAAUGAAAAGUUCCGGAAGGGAGUCUUGGGCAGUACGGCAACGAACGAUGUCUCGAAGCUCACAGAAUGGCAAUGGCUUUCUGAACAGUGCUAGCAAUGCUGGUAGCAAGCCUCUUCCCCCAGCACCCCUGGAAGCCGGAUUUGGCAUUACGACCACAGAAAGUAAUGUGGAAGAGUUGAAGAUCUACCUUGAAGACCAGACCGCUCUUUUAGUGCAGAGCAUUCAGUCCCUCGUCUCCUCGAUCCGCUCCGAAGGCAGUAUAGACGCCAUCUCGGUGCAAAUUAACGCCAUCGUCGACGUUGUCGGCACAGUCGUGUCCUCGACCGAAACCGCCAUGUCCUCAACCGGCAACGGCUCGCUGCGGAAUCAAGCCGAGCCCAUCGUCCGUAAACUUGCCGGCAUCAGAGAGCGGCUCAUAGACGCCGGCAAGAUGGGACGCGAGAUCGCAGACGAUGACAGAGACGACGGUGAAGUUGAGACUGCUUGGAGAGCGUGGAACCAGUCGCUGCCGCCGAUUGCGUUUGAGAUUGCGCGGGAGACGAAGGAGCUCGUGAUGCGCGUGGAUAAUUGUGACGGUGGCCGCAACGGUGAUGAUGAUUUCUCAUGA